AUGGCAGCACCAGCAGGCCAAUACAAAGACCGGCAAUUCCUAGCCGUCAUAGGCGAUGAGGACACCGUAACAGGCAUGCUCCUCGCCGGCGUCGGCCACGUCACAGCGCCCCCCGACUUGCAAAAAAAUUUCCUCGUCCUCCACGCCCAACCGGACGCCGCUGCCAUAGAAGCUGCCUUUGACCGCUUCACCACCGAGCGCAAGGACAUUGCCAUCUUGCUCAUCAACCAGCACAUUGCGGAAAAGAUACGGCAUCGUGUCGAGACCUAUACGGCUGCCUUUCCCAGCUUGUUGGAGAUUCCAAGCAAAGACCACCCCUAUGAUCCGGAGAAGGACAGUGUGUUGAAGAGGGUUAGGCGGCUGUUUGGGGAGUAG